AGGGGCCACCCAAAGACAACGUCAGCUGAAUGAGGGGCUCAGAGACAUAAUGAGGUCCAACUCCUCACCCAGGGUCAGUCUGAGACAAUCCUUUGUAUAGUCUUCGCAGGAUAUUAACUUGUCUGUCUAAUGUGUUUCUAGCCCCAGGGAGUCUUAGAGGGUGUGACCCUCCUCCUCUGCCCUCCUCCCACCCUGGAGGGGCUUCCAGCUACCUAUCUAUAUAAGCAAACCCCCAAACUCUGUCUCCUUAUACAGGCAGCUGAGCCAGAAGCAUCUUUCCAGGCAACAGCUUGUGGAUAACUUCUGCCCCUGCCUUGGUUCAGCAGCUCUUUACCUAGUGUAGGACGGUUGGACAGCAUGAGGUUCCACGCACUGACCUGGGCAAUGUGGGCACUGCUCCUUGCCAGCAUCAGAGCAAUGCAGAUGGAGGAGAAAUUCCAGGAGAGCCUGUUGAGGCAGCUGCAACUCAACGAGAUCCCUGUCCUGGAGAAGGCAGAUGUGGAGCACCUGGUCAUCCCGGAUCAUGUGAGGACCAAAUAUGUGUCUCUGAUGAAGCGCAGCGCUGAGGAGCCUUCGCCCCGGGGAAAGAGGCACAGCCAGACCAUUGCAGAAAUCAUGGGCAGAUUCUUCUCUGACGCCUCCAACCAGCUUCUGGUCUUCAGCAUGAAGGACCGGCUUCCCCCCAACAGGGAGCUGGUCCAGGCUGUGCUGAGGCUCUUCCAGAAGCCAUCUUCGAAGGGAGUGAUCAGGAAACAGCAUAAAAUGUUCCCCUUCCACUCCUACGCCAGUGUGACCAUCUACUGGGUGCAGGUCAGAGAAGAUGGCACCAACCGGACAUACGUGAUUGAUUCCAGACGAGUAUCUACGCAGGAAACCGGCUGGAUAACCUUUGAUGUGAGCCAAGCUGUGAAUUACUGGCAGCAGGAGGGCAAGGUCAACCAGCCUCUGGUCCUGGAGGUCUCUAUCCACAGGGAGAACAUAGGCCCGAUGUCUUCCAAUGCACACAAAUUCAUCCACUUCUCCUCCCAGAAUCCUGUUGAUGGAGAGUUGCACGCUCCCCAGCUGCAGCUGCACACACUGGACAUGGAGGAAUAUGGCGCGCACGGCAACUGCGACCCUGACAUCCCAUUGUCUCGGGGUACCCGAUGCUGCCGGCGUGAGACAUACAUUAACCUUCAGGAGUUCAAGUGGACCGAGAACUGGAUCUUGGACCCACCUGGCUUCAAAGCCUACGACUGUGUGGGGAGCUGCCAGCAACUGAAGAAGGAGCACCUGAACUUCAGGUGGCCUUUUGCCACACAAAGGAAAUGCCACGUCACAAGCACUGCCCCUCUGCCUCUGAUUGUUGCUGUUAAGGAAGGAGACAAGAUCGUGACUAAGGUGGUCAACCUUUAUAACAUGAAGGUGAUGCAAUGUAGCUGUUCCUCAGAAGGAAUGCCAGUCAUGAAGAAAUUGAAGCCAUAGACACAGAACCCUAGCGUGCUUCUGAAAAACGUGGCGUGUACAGAGGGAUCUUGCAGGCUAUGUAACUCAGGUAUGGGGAGUUAGGAGUGGAAAGUAACUUUUUCUUUAGCAAGUCAUUUCCUUUACCUGGUUAGCCAGCCCUGUUUUCCCUAGGAAGUCAAGAGAAUUCAUCAUGAGUUCAGGAGACAGGCUUCCUGGCUAUGGAGAGGCCUGAACUUCUUCUGUGUCCUUUUCUUCUUCCUUUUUUUUUUCUGCUUCCAAUAGUUGCUGUGAACUACCUGUUUUCUAAGCACUUUCCUGUAUAAAUACUGUCACUGUAAAGUCUUUGAUGUUAGAUUUGGAAAGGAGAAAUUCUAACCAACUCAUUAUAGCUUUCACUGUCUGCUACCUCAUUCUUCCUCUGCUACACUCUGUGGUUCUCAGGCAAAAUCCCAGCAAAGUCUUAUUUUGGAAAGAACUAUCUCAUUUCUGAUCAUCAGAGCUCUACCAUGAAGCCUGCAGAGACAGAUUUUUGACUCUGGGGUUCUGACCAGGAGAAAAUGUGCAUUCUGUUGUGUCCCUUACAUAGUAAUAAUGCCUAACCCAGCUAAUAAAAUUUUUUUUGAA